AUGGCGCCACCAGACCACCCGCCAGACAAUAACCGGGGUCGCACAGUGGACGGCGGGUUGGGCGUGACUGAGCCGACGGCUGACAUUGCUGCUGCAGCGCUGCUCUCCAAGAAAGCAGCCAGUGCGCCGUCGCGGGAGGCUCGAAACAAAUGGUACUGCAGUGUGCUUGAAAUGGGUCCAGCGGCCGGUCCGCCCUCAGACAACGGACGUUUAUCUUGCACGCCCCGAGACGAGAGCGAUAGCGCUUGUCGACACUGCCAGCCUAGAAAACUCACACACCGUGCAGCCAUCACCGGCUCCAUGGUUGACCGCGUUGUGUCUCUCCUCUGCAGGACGACUGCAACGCCGCCGAGCGGCAUGCGCCAGCCAGCGACUGCAGGGGGCUCCGCGGGCAUGGCGCCCUCCCUCUCGAUCAGAGUUUUCUGCUCACUGGCGCUGCCGUGCGCCCACACGCCGAAACACAGACAACGCAGAUGGUCGACCUCACGCCAUACCGCGAAACCAGCAGCAGCGGCUUUCUGCUUCGAGUGCGCACAAUCACGCGCGGAGGCCCUCGCAACGGGCGUCGCUCGUCUGGCGAUUUCCGCGCUGGGAGCCAAUGGCCACCCAGAUGGCGACCCGGCGUGCAGCGCUUUGGCCAGUAAGUGGUCGCCAGGAAAGGCAAGCCGGGGCUGGGAGCGCUUGGCCGCACCCAAAGCGAACCCUGGGGACGCCCGCGCCACGGACCACUUCCCGCCGUCUGAUUCGCCCAAGCACGAGAUCCUAACGGCUUCAAGGGCUUUGGCGCAAUCUCCCGCUUCCGUUACGAGGAACAAGCCUCCGUGUGGCGAUCACGAUUCACGCGCUGGAGCGUCGCCAACACCGUGCUGUUGCACACUCACGCAUCGUGGGCGCCGCCGCCCAUUGCCCUUCCCGGCCCAGCCUGCUUACGCCGGGGGAAACGCCACUGAUAAUCAGCCCACGAAGCCUGCUCACCGUCUCUCGGCGCGGGAAGAACUGCGGUUGUGUCUACCACGAGAUAAAGAAGAAACACUUCAGCCCGUCGCUUCCCCUUGGUGGUCACGACGUUACAGUGCCUCAGCUGUGCUUCGUCGGAUGCAGGCUCCCGCGAUGAGGGACGGAAGACACAAGGUUUGA